AUGGCGGAAAUAAUCGGACUUACCGCCAGCAUCUUAACCUUCAUCGAGUUCUCCGCAGUAUUUGUUUCAGCGGUGCAGAGGGUCCACGCAGCUACCGAUGGCACACCUCAAGAAAUCCGGGAGCUUCUUCAGCAAGCCGAUGACAUUGCGGACUGGGAGGAUAGGCUCACGGUUCUCAAGUCCCAGAAGAGACUAACUUCGGCCGAGCUUCGUAUCUUGAAGACCGGGGGAGCUUGUCGGAAGACAGCAGAUGAUAUAAAGGCCAUCGCGGAAAAGGUCUCUAUACGAUCUGGUGCGAAACUGAGAUUCUUGGAGCAUCCGCGCGUGGUUUUCGGGCUGCUCGCAUCGCAGCCUGACCUGAAACGAUUACAGGAGCGUCUGAUGAACCAUGAAACAGCUGUGAAAGAAGCACUUGCCCUACUAAUUCGGAAUAAAAACCAUUCAGAGACAAUUAAAGCCUUAGAGGCGAUGCGAGAGGAACAUUUGUCAUACAAGAUUGAGCAGUCGGUGAGAUUUGACGCUAUACAAGAAGAGAUAUUAGCUGCCUCGCAACGGAUCAGCCACGACUUUAUUGAGUUCAAGGGCCAGGUCACAAGCCUUCGGAGCAAGAUUGAGAGUCUCGAGAAUGAAAGACAAACUUGUGAGAAACAAAUUCGCAUCUUGAAAGGUCUCUACUUCCACGAAAUCAGAAAACGAUGGGACAAGAUCGACGACGCUGCCGCCCGCACACUUGCUUGGCUUCAUGAUCCGAGCAAAACAUCAUUUCUGCACUGGCUUUCCUCCGAGACGAACGAGAUCUAUUCCAUCAGUGGCUUGCCUGGCAGUGGAAAGUCGACAUUAAUGAAGUUUGCAUUUGAGCAUGAGACAACCAUUCAAAGCUUGAAACAGUGGGCCGGAGCUACAAAGCUUUGUAGGGCAAGCUAUUUCUUUUGGAAUCAAGGAUUUGAGAUGCAAAAGUCUCAAAUCGGACUGCUUCAAUCCCUCCUUUACCAAGUUAUGAGGCAGAUUCCCAGCCUCGUCUCGCUCGUCGAUCGCGAGCGCCCUGACUACGAACUGUGGGACUUUGACGAACUGCUGUUACUUUUCAACAAGGUGAAACUAGAAACAGCCCCUUCAGUCAAGUUCUGCUUCUUCAUAGAUGGUCUGGAUGAAUAUGACGGCAGUGAAGAGGGCAUAGGCCAACUGAUCAAGUCGAUCUCCGAAUCUCCCCAUAUCAAGAUUUGUGUAUCCAGUCGACCUCGGUCCUUCUUCGAGCAGAAUCUUUGGUCAAACAAGUAUUCUCUAAAGAUGCAGGACCUCACGAUGGACGAUAUGCGACUUUAUAUGGCAGACGCCCUUGGAGAGCAUGUGGACUUACAGCAGCUGCAAGUAGACCCAUCUGGAAAGCUUUUGCUCGACCAAAUAACGGAAGAUGCCAAGGGGGUCUGGCUCUGGGUCCAUCUGGUCACGAGAGACCUGAAACUUGCAGUGCGAGGGAACGAGACCAUACGGAAGCUCCGCGAAAUCGUCCAAGAUUUCCCGAAGGACCUGGAGAAGUAUUUUGAGCUCAUAAUUCAUCGAGUCGACCCUGUAUUCCGAAAAGAAAUGGCAAGGACAUUUCUUGUCACCGUUUUCGAGGUCCAGCCUCUUCCACUAUACGCAUUCUAUCUUCUAGAUGAGGAGAUCGAGGACGAAGACUAUGCACUGAAAGCGGAAAUUGGUCCACUCGAACCUGCGACUGUUGCUCAGGUCGGGAAAGAGUGGAAAGAUAAGAUACAUAGACGGUGCAGUGACCUCCUCGUGGUUGAUACCUGCGAACACCCGGUAUUCCUACAACAGCCCGUCGACUUCCUGCAUCGAACUGUUCGAGACUUUCUCAGGGACCAGUAUAUUCGCCAGCUAGAGGCCGUAUUAAGCACUCAGUUCGUCCCACCGAUAUCGCUCUGUCGCAUCUUCUUGUUCUUCCUAAAGAAACAGCACCAGCAUAACCUCAACACCAAACAACAAUACAACAGCAUGAUCGGCCUGGUAGACGAGCUUCUAUACUACGCGCGAGAGGUAGAAAAGCACGAACUCUAUAAGGACCAAGCCCUCUCUCCAGUGGCGGAGAUAUUGGAUCAGGUGGAUGCAGUUAACAGCACGCUGAUGAAGAUGUCCAAGACCGUGGGGAAUCAUUGGGCACAUGCCAGAGACCCACCGGCACCUCGAGGGCUGGAUGAAUACAACGAGGGGCAUCAUUAUAACUGGAUCUCUUUGGCCAUACAGGCACGGCUGGUGAAGUACGUGAGAGGGAUAUUGGGGGCCCAUGGAGUUCUGCCGUCAAAAAGUGGUCGACCGCUGCUUGACUAUGCUCUGCGACCUCGCAGAGUCACACCGAUACAAGUUCCAUAUCAUUCACAACGUGAUGAGCCAAACAUCGAUAGAUCUAUGGUCAAGCUGUUACUAGAGCACAAAGCAAACCCGAACCAGAUCGUAUACUCUCACCAAGAUCGAACUGUCUGGGCUCUGUUCCUGAUAUCCUGCUGGGAGUCGGUGAAUCGUCCAGAAGCAACGCCUGUGUCUAUCAAAGAGUGGUUUGAAGUCAGCAAACUACUUAUAGACUAUGGAGCAGAGUCUGAUUGUUUCAGCACAGCAGAUUUGAGCUAUUUGGGGAGCAUGCAAGAUGUUCUUGUAGCAAUAUUUGGCGAGUUGCAGGCUUCGACACUGCUACGGUUAAUGGAGAGCAGGCCACAGAAGACAGAGGGUGGUUGCUUGAUACAAUAG